AGCCGCGGCCAGGGGAGGGGCCCGGGCCUGCAAACGUGGUGCCUGCGGGGCAGGGCGGCCCCGCCCGCCGCUGGGGCCGGAGGAGCGCGGCGGCUCAGAGUGUACUUCCUAGUACUGUGGCUCAAACAGCUCUAAACUACCUGCAUGACAGAUUGGAUUUUAAACAAUACCUUUUACCCCUGUACAUGACUACCUUUCUCCUUUGCUUCUGCUUUUUAAAACCACAAAAUGUCUGAAGUUAAGACAAGGAAAAAAGGUAUUUCUUCAUCCAAGACCAAUGAAGAUUCACAGAAGGCUGAGAAGCACAGUAAUUAUGGGAAGCUGGCAAGUCCAAGGACCAGCAAUAAUCACAGUUCCUUUUGGAUGGACUCAAGGACAAGCUUGAGUGUCGUUUCCCUUGCUGUUUGCCUGGUGGUGAGCUGGUUUCUAUUUCAGCAGUCAGGUCAAUUUUCUGAUCUGGAAAGAAAGUACAAUUUUUUACAUCAAGAAGCUGAAAAAAUCCUGGAUGUGGGAAAUAAAGUAAACUUAAUUUCUGAAAAGCUUGAGUCUUCUGAAAGUAUCCUGCGAGAAGCUGCCUCAUCCAUCUCUGUGAUGACUGAGUUUGGGCAGGAAAUAUCUUCUCUUCAUAACACCAUAAAUGAUAUUCAGAACAAUGAACAGACUCUAUCUCUAAAGAUGCAGAGAAUUAAUGAGAAGUUCCAAAAUGUUACAAAUCCCUGGAGAAGAAGUCUGGAUGAAAUGAACACAAAUGCUAGUGGUUUAAAAUCUGAAGCAAAGUUCAUUCAUACAGAAGUUACUUCCAAAAUUAAUGAAGUUGACCAAAGAAUUAAAUCCCUUGCAGAAAGAGUAAGAGAUUUGGAAGACAGUACAGCCAGAAAUAUCAGAACACUAAAAAAGCAAGAAGAUGAUGAAUUUUCUAGAGUUGAACAAAAGUUGAACUUGGAUGCAAAGUCAGUUGAAAAGAUAGAAGAAGAACAGAAUAGUCUGGUAGCCAAGGACACAGACCUGAAUCAGAAACUUGCAAACUAUGAACCUAAAAUUGAGGAGUGCAAGAGCCAUUUGCCAACAAUUGAAAAUGCUAUUCACUCCAUUCUUAGGUUGUCAAGUGAAUUGCUUGGUAUGGAGAAAAAGAUAGAGGACUUGAAGACACAGCUGUACGCUGUGGAAAAUGACAUGCUGAAAACUGUUUCUGAUACAGUGGUGAUGCAGAAGGCUCUUGAAGGCCUCCAGUCCAAUGGCAGCUUGUUCAAAGUGCUGCAUGAGCUAGCUGUUCUAGAAGCAGGGCCUGACAUAGCAGUAUCUUCAAAAGCAGAAGUAACUUUAGAAAGCUUUAACUUCGAAAAUGACCAGAAUGGGGAUAAGUGAAUUUGGUCUCAGGCUUUUCAUUGAUGAAAAAGCACUUUUUUAUAAAUAAUGUGAUUUAAACCUAUAUCAAAGAUCACUGAUGUACUGUCACUGAUCUAAAGAUCAUUGGAACAGCUUGAAAGGUGGAGAAAGAGGGUAGUGAGCAAGGAAGUAACACUUUGUUAAAGAAGGAAAGUAAUAUUUUCUUAAAUUAAGGAUUAUUUGCAGUUUUUUUAUUAAAAACAAUUUGAAGCCAGGUAUUUAGAUUUAAGGGGGGGAAAGUUAAUAUUUUUAGUUUGUAUUUAGUUUUCACUACCUAGUUUCUUUUGUUGUUACUUUGUGUAUUUUUUUCCAUAGACUUGUAACACAGUGAACUGAUGAUUUGUGUUUUCAGAGGUCACCUUGGAAAGUCACGUAGCACCUUCUUGUAAUUUUUUGUUGCAAUAGAAGAAGUACUAACAUUUAUUAAGUAUACUGACA